GUCAUUCAGUUUAUUUUGUUGUCGACUCGAUCGAUGCUUGGCCGCACGAUUUUAUAAAUAAUAACUGCGGUUAUAAGUGAAAUUUGCUUACAGAUGCUUUGAUAUUAAAUUCCAAGAACUGGACUAUACAUAUGUUGGGUUAAAGAAUGGACAGAGGAAAAAUGCCUUCAGCGGGUCGGGGAGCUAAGAGCAAGGCUCCGCAGCACCCACAAGAUAUCUUCGCGUUGGGCAGUAAGUCCACUGUGGUGGUCUCCAGGGACCCUGAGAAGAGGAACAUCCAUAAACCUUCUACCAGUAGUGUAGAACGCAAAAGAGAACCGUCAGGGUUUGGAAGCCAGCCGCCCAGCAAGCGUGCGAGGAUUGGUUCACCUGCUGAGGCAGUUGGGGGCACAUCUCUUGAAGUAGACCCGGUAGACCUGGUGCCUAAUGUAUUACAGGCUUUGGACACACAUAACUCUGACAAGCUGUUAGGCCUGCUGACAGGCUCUAUACGUCUCCUCAAAUCCCAGCGUUCCAAACCAGACCCGAUACUAUGUAUGGGCUUACUAUACCUGACCAAAAUACGACCGAACAUGUUUGCACAUGAGACGGUCACGCAGAGCCUCUGUACGCUACUGAAGAGGGAACAAGGAGCUGCAUUCAAGAACAAAGGGAAUCCACUUGUGUAUAUACUGGCGUGUAACAUGCUGUACGCUGGACACAGGGAGAGCAACAACUGGCCUGAUAUAUUUAUUAAGGUUUACAUCGAGGAUGCCCUGAAUGAGCGUUGCUGGGUGGAAUGUUCAUGGUGCAAAUGCUUCGUGGAGAAUGUGGUGACUGCGUUCAGCACCAAGCAGCCACCGUCACACCUCAUACCCACUGAUAACACCUUGGGAACUAUGUCUCCAUCAGGGUCGGGCUCCCCGCUAAUGGGUAGUACAGAGGAAGACCCAGACAAUAUGGAGCUGGAAUACUCGGUGUUUCCAAGGUAUUCUAGUAGCUAUGAGGCGGUGGAGACACUCGUCCUGGAAGCCAUCAAGGAACAGAUCCAGCGUCGCUCGGCGGCGCCCGACGCCAUCGGCAAGGGAUUCCUCAAGCUACUGUCUGCCACGUGCGGCUUCCCAGAGAUCCGUAUGAUAUCAGCGUCUCGUCUCGAAGCGUGGCUGCAUUCCGGCAAGCUGUGGCGUUGUGCGCAAGAGUUGUUGGCCUACGUGUGCUGCAACUGCGACGCCUGCGGGCCCACUGCGGCCAGGGACCACGAGGUCCUGGCGCAGCUGGCGCGCAUGCGGCUCAAGACCAAACCGCUGCAGGCGGCCUACCAGGCUUGUCUUAGAGAGAUGGUGUCGGACAGCCCGCCACUCCUGCGCAGCGUGGUGACGCACACGAUCUACAACGAGCUGUCCAACGUGCGCUCGCCCAACAACAUGGCGGUGCUGGCCGCGCUCAUACAGGCGCAGCCGCAGCAGGUCCCCGCCGCCAUGGCAGACACCUACCAAGAGCUAGUUCUCCGUCCAGAAGACUACCUACGUCCGCUACGCGCGUUAACGCGCGAAGUGGUGCGUGCAGCGCGUGCAGACGCGCAGGCACUGCUGCCGCUGGCACGCGCGCUGGCGCAGCCCCCGCCACACGAACCGCCGCCCGAGGUGCGAGAGCGUGCGUUCUCGUCCAUAGCAGACCUGUUCUGCUGCUGCUGCCUGGUGACGGCGUCCCACAGCAAGCACCUGCCGGAGUACCGCCAGCAGAUCUGCGUCAUCCAGGCCUCCGCCCUCGGCUGGCUGCUGGACACCGCCAUGCCGCUGUACCGGCCUAGCAGACAUGACUACCAACUCGCCUUGAAUAAGGUGAUGUUCGUGGAGGCGGCGGAGUCGUACAGCAAGGUGGACAACUGGCCGCCGGAGUCGGAGCGCGCCGCCACGCUGCGCCUGUGCUGCGACGCGCCGCUGCCGCAGAACACGCUGCUGCGCGUCAUCUUCAUCGGCCUCUCCAAGGACAUCCCAGUGUCACCGGCAGAGGUGUUCGAGCUGGUGGAGCAGUUGGUGCGCCGCGCAUGCGCACUGCCCGCCGACGAGAACCCCCUGCAGGUGGACAAGCUGGAGAUAGCCGACUACAUCUUCCAACUGUGUCAGUUCAACCCUCCGGAUAAUAUUACGCUCCCGACCGGCUACACCCCUCCCGCGCUGGCCAUCACGUCGCUGUACUGGCGCGGCUGGAUCCUGCUGACGAUGCUGGCUGCCCACAACCCCCAGCAGUUCGCAGAGCGCGCCGCCGCCAUGUAUCCCACACUCCGAGCCCUCAUCGAGAUGUGUAUCACCAACAAGCCGAGUAUAGAAUGGAGUAGCAGUACCGCGGCGGAGGCGGAGCGCGCCGAGGCCGAGCGGGCCGCCAUACUGCAGCUGGAGACGCACCUGGCCGCCGCCAGCAACUCCAAGAUGCCCGUCAAUGAACACAACUCCAGGCUGCUGAGCCAGCUGACGACCUUGGAACCCCUGGGUCCUGCUCGGAAGCCUCCGCAGGCGAUCAUAGAGACGCUGCAGGCGAUGAGCUCGCAGAUGAGGCUGGGCAAGCUGUUGUGCCGCCAGCCGGCGCUGCUGCUGGACCUGGUGGAGAGGCACGGCACCCGCCGGGCCAUGCCCUGGCUGCACCAACUGCUCAGGCACGACCAGCUCGAACUUAGCGUGCUCCCAGUGCAGUGCCUGUGCGAGUUCCUGUCGGCGGGGGGCGCGGGCGGGGGCGCGGGCGGCGGGGAGGUGGGCAAGGCGGGCGAGCUGUGCGGGCACCUGCGGCGCACCGUGGCCGACUCGGAGGAGGGCGCGCGCGCCGUGCUGCACUACUACAUGACCCGCCUCGCACACACACACGCGCCCACCAGGGCCUCCGCCAACAGGGGUCUGAAGCUGGUGCUGCAAUCUUCGGACGAUACAUCUGAAACUGAUUACAACGCCGACGUUGGUCCCGAGGAGUGGUUGGAGCUGGUGUGGGCCCUCCCCCACUGGGAGGCGGUGCGCGAGGAGGUGGUGCUGCGCGUGCGCACGGCGUGCACGGUGGAGUGCGUGCCGCGCCACCUGGCGGCCUACGUGGCCUUCCUGCAGCACUACGUCGCCUGCACGCCCGCGCUCGACCAUACCGACCUCGUGCUCGACCUGAGCCAGGUGAUAAUGGAACGAGCGCAGGUGAUGGGCAACGUACUGGGCACGGGCGAGCGCGCCGAGCACGACGUGCACGACGCACAGGAUCCGAACGUGCACGAGCUGCAGCGCGCACAGCAUCGUGCGCUGUAUUCUCUUACUAAGAUACUCUAUGAUUAUUUACAAAAGCUCCGUAGCGGCGCAGCCUGCGAGGCUAGCGCGGGGUCUGCGUGGUCGUUCAGCGAGCGAGUGUCGGUGCAGUGGCCGAGCGGUCGGACUGCACGGAUGCACCUCAUGCUGGCGCACGCGUACGUCAAGCUGCUGUGCAUCGGACCUUCUAUGUACGACACAAACCAAGAGAUGUACUCGUGGCUAAUGUCGGUGUGGGUGGGCAGCGAAGCCCCGGUGGCGUACACGGCGGCGGGGGCGGAGGCCUGCCUGCUGCCGGACUGGCUGCGCCUGCACAUGGUGCGCUCGGCGCGCCAGCCGCUGCUCGAGGCCGGGAUGAGAGCCCUGCCCGCGCCUAAACUGGCUCUCUUUAUCCAGACCUUUGGCAUGCCUGUGCAAGCUAUGAGCGCCCUCCUGUCGGCCCUGGACGCGUGUCCGGCGGGCGCGCUGUCCCGGCUGGGCGUGGAGCGCGGGUACAUGUCGCAGCUGCUGGGCGUGCAGCGCGCAAGGGGGGCCACUGGCGGACAUGCAUUCGCCGCCACGCUCAGGCUCACGCCGCUCACGUACCCACCUGACGACAAGCUAUUCGUGAAAGAAGAGCUGCCGAUGGAGCCGGAGGACGACUGGGGCAGCUGUGUGGUCCCAGUGCCACUACAGCCAGACCAGGUGUCUCCGCUGCUCAGCACCGUGUUCCUCGCCGCCAACAGCUUCCACGGAGACAUCGACUCCGCCUUCUCAGAGCUUAUUGCGUUGGUGACAGCGGACGUGAAGGCGGGCGGCGGGGCGAUGUCGGGCGCCGCCGUGGUGUGGCUGCGGGGGCUGGCCGGCACCGCCGCCGGCGCCGCCGCACUCGUCCGCCGCACCGCGCACGCCGCGCCGCUACUGCGGGCCCUGCUGCCGCACCGCACGCCCGCCGUCAUGCAGGUGGCGGACACGCUGCUGAUGCAGUGCAAGCUGCUGGCGGGCCCGGUGGUGGACGUGCUGCGCAGCAUGAUGCAGAGCGGCGCCGCCGUCAAGCGGGAGCUCGACAUACACGUGCCGCCGCACGCCAACAAGAUGCAACUCAUCGCAGCGCUGGAGGCGGCGUCUCCGAGCACCCUGGAGGCGCUGGGCAACCGCAUCAUCUCCAGCCAGGACCCGCGCGUCAUCGUCGACGUCAUCACGCACAUACUCGAGAAGAGCCAGGACGGACACUACGAGUGCAAGAUAAAGCACGAGGACGGCAGCGCGGUGCCUGCGCACGUGUUCUCCCGCGGCGGGCUCGGCUGCGGCCUGCUGCUGGACUGGAUGUCCGAGCUGCAGAGGGAGGCGCUCGGGCCCAGCGACCAGAGGCACCGACAGAUGCAGUUAAUGUUCCGGUCGGGCUGCGCCCCCUGGCGGCCGCUACUGGUGACCUUGCUGGCACACCGCGCCUCCUGGCGCACCCUGCACUACUGCCUCACCACGCUACUGGAGCCCGAGGGUGGCUGGUCUCCGAGCGCGGUGCUGGACUUCGCGGAGACGUUGGUGGAGAGUCCCCGCGUGUGGCAGGGCCGCGACAAGACCACGCCCAAACACUACGUGCCCGACGACACGCUGCGGCUUAGCUACCAGCAGCUGGGCGUGAUGGUCCGCUACGUGGCGGAGGAGGUCCGCGCGGUGGAGGCGGCCAGCGGGGGCGAGGCGGCGCGGCGCCGGGCGGAUGCGCGCCUGCGUCUGCUGCUGCGGGCCGCCGCCGCGCCCCCGCAGCUGCUGGCCGUGGCCAGCGCCGCCAGGGAACACCACCCGCUGCUGCUGCUGCUGCUGUACAUGAAGGUGCCGAAGAUCCUGCCGCUGCUGCUGCAGUCGGGCCCCCGCAGCCGCGCGCUGUCCCUGCUGGCGGUGUCCCCCGAGCUGCGCGCCGCGGCGGCCAGCUCCACCAGCGCCACGGACCGCGUGUCGCACGCGCUGCUCACCGCCAUCGCCGCGCCCCACAUACACACCAAGGAGUACAACCAGAAACUAUGGCGCAUGGAAGCAGAAGUGCGAGGUCUAUGGGCGCGAGUCGGCGGGGCGGGAUCUCGUGCACUGGGCCUGGCCGCAGCCCUACUGAGGGGCGCAGGCCCACACCUGCGGCACCACACCCACGUGCUGGCGGCGCUGGAGGUGCUGCCCGACCAGGAGCUGUUCGCGGCCAGCAACACGGCGGACGUGCACAGCAUCCUGGAGUGCUUCCUGUCGCUGGCGCGCACCCAGCCGGGCGGCGCCGCCAGCCCGCUGCUGCACCGCGUGUCCGCCAUCCUGCGCCGGUACCUGGCCUGCAGGCCGCAGCUGGCCGGGGCCCUGCUGCAUCAGCAUAAGGAUACUAUCGCCAACACCCCGGCCCUAUCGUCCCUGCAGGCGGCGGAGGUGAGCCCCCCGGCGUCGGCGGCGCCGCCCCCGCUGGCACUGCAGGCGCUGCAGCGCCGGUACGACACGCCGGACAACCUGCACUGGAUGCUGCAGGAGAUCGAGGCGUGGGGCUCCCGGCGCGGCGGCGCGUGGGGCGGCAGCGCGUGGGCGGCGCAGGUGCUGCGCUGCGCCGCGCCGCACGCCGCCGCGUCGCACGCGCCGCUGCGGCACACCGCGCUGUCGCUGCUCGCCAAGCUACUGCCCGCCGUCACCGACACCACGCCCGGUCUGCAAGCCGUGUUAGAAUGCCUGGACUCGCACCAGCCUGAAGUAACCCAAUCACUACUGGACAAGCUGCCAGACAUAUUGAUAGGCAUGCAGGAGCACGCUGCCAAGGUACUGAUGCGAGUGUUCGAGCUGGGGCUCAAGUCGCGGCACCCCGUGGAGCCCUGCCUCGCCAAGUGUGUCACCACCAUUAACUCACAUCGAGGGUGCUAACUUGGAGAUUGAAUAUGAUCAAACUAGAACCACGACACAAAAAAAUAUCUUCAUGUGGAGUAAUAUAAUUAUAAAAUAUCUGAAAUGUGAGUAGGAUAUUUUUAGCAAAUAACUAAAUAUUGUUCUGUUUCUAAUACAAAAUCGGAACAAUCACCUUUAUGCAUGUGAUAGCUAUGUUCAAUAUUGGACAUAUUAUAUGUUAGUUUGUGAAUUAAUUAUGACCAAGUUUGUAAAAACUGUGAACAUAAAUAAAUAUCCAAAUGACCCUGACUGGACUGGAGAGUUGAUAGUUUGAUAAAUUGAUAGAUACUUUGCU